AUGGCCAGGACUCUAGACUCGGGGCGUGGUAAGCGAACCGCUGAGGAUAUUGGGCCUUUGAGUGGUGACGUUAUCGCCGCUGUAGUGUUUAGCAGUCUGUGCCUGCAAAAAGCGUACCUAGCAAGCGCCGCCGCCGCCGCCGCCGCCAUGUCCGAGUCCUACGAGCGCGAGCGCCAAAACAACUCCCGCCUGGACGAGCUGUCAGCCAAGGUGUCGGCCCUGCGCGGCGUCACCAUUGACAUUUACGAUAAUGCGCGCGCGCAAGACGUCAUCGACAACACGUCCGAGACGUUCUCCUCCAUGGGAACCCAGAUGCGAGGCUCGGCCGGCCGCCUGACGCGCAUGGCCGCCUCGGGCAACAAGGUCGCCAUCCUGAAGCUCUCGGCCAUCUUGAUUGGCGUCUUCAUCUUUUUAUACUAUGCGGUGCACAUGUUUCUCUAA